UCACCAGCUGCUAGGCUCUUUGCAGGUUGGCGAACCUAGUUUGGGUUUUUCACGGAACCCUUUUGUUGGGUUCACAGAACCCAGUUGCUGGGUUAGUGGAACCCAGAUCUGGAUUCCGCGAUGCUUGGUUCGUGGAACCCAGAUCUGGGUUCCGAGAAGAACCCAGCUGCUGGGUUCCGCGAAGCACCCAGCUGCUGGGUUCCGCGAAGCACCCAGCUGCUGGGUUCCGCGAAGCACCCAGCUGCUGGGUUCCGCGAAGCACCCAGCUACUCGGUUCCGCGAAAAACCCAGUUGCUGGGUUCGCAAAACCCAGAUCUGGGUUCCGCGACGCAAAACCCAGUUUCUGGGUUCCUUGCUUGCUGGGUUCAAGGAACAUUGCUGGGUUCGCAGAACUUGAUUUUUGGGUUCCUUGCUUGCUGGGUUACUGGGUUCAAAUAACCCAGUUUCUGCUACAUUGAGGCAUUGUUUUUUGCUAGAUCAGAUUUUGAUGUUUAGAUCUUAUUUUUGUGAUUUUUGUUCAAUUUUAUUAAGAAUGUGACUCGAUCGUGUGUGAUUAUUGGUAAUUCUACUGCAUUAUUGGUCUAUCUCAUUUGUAAAACAAUUUUGAUGAGACAUCGAGAAAUUUGAGGAUAAUU